ACACGCACGCACACACACCGGAAUUCCUGCGAGACGCAAACCAAAAAGACAGCGCAAAUUAACACUAACGAGGAUGAUCUUUCCCCGCGCAUACUCGUUUGUUUACAUUCGCACAUUUCACCGCAAAGACCUCUGGGCCACUAUUCCGUCCGACGCGUUGUAUUGUGGGCAGCAGCCAGUGGUCCUAUGAGCUCGGCGUCUUGCUCCUCCGGUGGAAAAGAUGGCUGCUUCGGCGGCAACGUCGAGCCCUCUCCCCGGUUUAAGCCCAAGUUACGCCGUGAUAUGCUCCUUUCUGGAGCGGUACGGCGCCUUGCUGGAUUUACCGGAGCUCACCUUCACGCAGCUGGAGCGAUAUCUCCAGGACACGUCCUCAGUUCCUAAGCUUCUGGUGGACCUUCACAUGAAACUGCUGAGGAAGAUCGGCAAGUCGGUGUCAGCUGAACGAUGGGAGAAGCAUCUUGUAAAGUUAUGUCAAGAUAUCAACACUACAUGGGCAUGGGAGCUCGAGGAAAACGGAUACAAAGAUAUGUCUGUGGAGUGCAAGACAGCAAUUCUUAAAUAUUUGUGUGAAUGCCAAUUUGAUGACAAUGUUAAGUUCAAGACCGUCAUCAAUGAUGAGGAUCCAGAUAAAAUGCGGUUGCAGCCGAUUGGUCGAGACAAGGACGGCCAGAUGUACUGGUACCAACUGGACCAAGAAAACAACGUGCGCGUCUAUCUGGAGGAGCAGGACGACCUGGACGGGUCCUCUUGGAAGUGUAUUGUCAGAACCAGACAUGACUUGGCCCAGGUUGUAGCUUUGCUCAAGACCCAGAUUGACCCUGAACUGUUGGCCAAAGAGAAAGAGGCUAGUGCUGCAGAAGGAGGGGAGAAAAACGAUGGAGAUGGUUUAAAAAAGUCUGAGGACGUAACAACUGAUGAUGAAGACGCCAAAGACCCAUCGAGCUCCAUCUCACUAAAAACUGAGAGCAGUGAAACACAGCUGCAGAAAGAUGACACAAAAUCUGGAGUACCUGAGGCCAAAUCCCCCCUAAAUGGCCAUUUCAAAGAUGAAUCCGAGCCUGUCGACCAAUCAGACAAAGCUAUUUCAAACACUAGACUCAUUGUAAAUGAUCAGGCUAUCAAAGAAGAGCCCAUGGAGGUAGCAGAGAAUAAAAUCAAGGAACCUGUGCCAUUUUCUGAGGUUGUAUGUAUCAAACCAAAAUCUGAACCAGGCGACCAGAUCCGAAGAAAUGCCAUUGAAGAACACCAGCGAUCACUCAAGAAUGACCAGCAGGCCAAAAUCCCUCUGAAAAAAAGAGGGAUGAAACUUAGCGAGGAUUUUGACAAAAACAGUGGGACUAAUAUCAUCACUCAAUGCCCACCCAUUACCAAUUUCAAAGAUGCUGCAAAGGUGGUAGGGACUCCAGGAGAGAAAUUGGGCGAAAAGGAUCAUGUGAAUGGAAACACCAAUCUCAACAAAGAUUUACAGAGUGAAUCCAGUAGCAAAGAACAACAGCUGGCACAAAGUUUGAGUGUUAGUAAAAUCAUUGAGGACAGAAACAAAGAGGUGACAUCAGCAGAGGACGUUAGACUUGGAGAGAAAAGGCAAGGCUCUACUCUAGACAAUACAUCCACAGAGCAGCAAGGCUCAUCAAGUCAGUUGAGUCUGGUUAAUAAGGUGAUCACUGUUGCUACUGGAGAAAACUUACAGAAUGACAAAUGUCCUCUUAAGUCUUCCUUGCCUCUAACAGAAGGGCCUCCAGCUCCAUCUAAGGAUUUAAAUGUCACACUUUCAAAGUCAUCUGACCACAAAGAGCUUAGCAAUACAGACCAUUUUAAAUCAAUCAAUGUACCAGUAGGUAAAAUGGUUGUAAAUACAGAAACUGACUUGAAUCAUAAAACUGAGUCGUCAUUUGCAGUCUGUUCCAGCGGCCCUCACAAUUCGAAAGAAAAUAUUAUUUCGAAAGACGAGGAUAUGCUGAAGAUGGACUCAAAAAAGGCUGCCAGUGCUGACAUUAAGACAGACAAAUCACAUGAUACAGAAAACCACUACUUAACCACUACGGCAAAAACUUCAGUAGCAACAUCUGAGAAACCUAAUGUCCAAGAAAAGAAGGACACUGAACCUGAGGAGGACCGGAUAAAAGAAGCCAAGUCUCAAAAAAGAAAGCUAAAUGAUGGCACAGAGACCCGUGAUGGCAUUUCAAAAUCAAAGGAGGUAGAGUUGGAAGCUGGUGAUGAUGUAUCAAAGCCAAUGGAGGUAGAUUCCAAGGCUGGUGAUGAUGGGUCAAAGCCAAUGAAGGUAGAUAACAAGGCUGGUGUUGAUGUAGAGUCAGAGACGAGUGCUCCAAUUAAGGCGAAAGAGGGAAGCCAAACUGAAAUGAAAAUGAAGAAGGCAGAUCAAGACAUCAAGAAACCAUUAAAUACGGCAGAAAAUAAAAUUAUAUCCAAGCACUCUGAAAAAAAUCGCACACCGUCUGCAGAUAAACAUGAAUCGAUGCCGCACCAACCGUCUAAAGUUGACAAAUCCUUGUCUACUUGUAAUCCCCCCCAUGAGGAUGAGAAGGCAACUCUCAAGGAGAGUGAGAAGGCGUCCAGCAAGGAGAGUGAGAAGGCGACUCUCAAGGAGAGUGAGAAGGCGUCCGGGAAGGAGAGUGAGAAGGCGACUCUCAAGGAGAGUGAGAAGGCGUCCAGCAAGGAGAGUGAGAAGGCGACUCUCAAGGAGAGUGAGAAGGCGUCCAGCAAGGAGAGUGAGAAGGCGACUCUCAAGGAGAGUGAGAAGGCGACUCUCAAGGAGAGUGAGAAGGCGUCUCUCAAGGAGAGUGAGAAGGCGUCUCUCAAGGAGAGUGAGAAGGCGACUCUCAAGGAGAGUGACAAGGUGGCAAACAAGGGGGGUGAAAAGGCUUCCGCCGAAAAGGGUGAGAUGGUAGUUAGAAAGGAGAGUGACAAAGUGACUAGCAAGGAGUGUGACAAGGUAGUUAGUAAGGAGAGUGACAAGGUGACUAGCAAGGAGAGUGACAAGGCCGCUGGCAAGGAGAGUGACAAGGCCGCUGGCAAGGAGAGUAACAAGGCCGCUGGCAAGGAGAGUGACAAGGCGACUAGUAAGGGGGGUGAUAAAGUGGACAGCAAAGAGAGUGAGAAGGCAGCAAGCAAGGGCAGCGAGGCUUCCGUCAAAAAGAGUGAGAUGAAAGCUAGCAAGGAGAGUGACAAGCUAACGAGCAAGGAGAGAGAGAAGGCUUCUAGCAAGGACAGUAAGAGUGUCUCCACCAAAGACGGUGAGAAUGCUGUUGCCAAGGAGAGUGAGAAGGCUGUUGCCAAGGAGAGUGAGAAGGCUGUUGCCAAGGAGAGUGAGAAGGCUGUUGCCAAGGAGAGUGAGAAGGCUGUUGCCAAGGAGAGUGAGAAAACUGUUGCCAAGGAGAGUGACCACAAUGCUAGCAAGGGGGGUGACAAAGGUUCCACCAAAAAUAGUCAGAUGGCAGCUAGCAAGGAGAGUGUGAAUGCCUCCGCCAAAGAGAGUGAGAAGGCAGCUAGCAAGGACUUUGAUAAGAUCGCUAGCAAUGAGAGGGAGAAGGCAGCUAGCAAGGGGGGUGAAAAAGCUUCUGCCAAAAAGAGUGACAAGGUAGCUAGCAAGGAGAGUGACAAGGUAGCUUGCAAGGACAGUAAGAGUGCCUCCAGCAAAGACAGUGAGAAGGCUGUUGCCAAGGAGAGUGAGAAGGCUGUUGCCAAGGAGAGUGAGAAGGCUGUUGCCAAGGAGAGUGAGAAGGCUGUUGCCAAGGAGAGUGAGAAGGCUGUUGCCAAGGAGAGUGAGAAGGCUGUUGCCAAGGAGAGUGAGAAGGCUGUGGCCAAGGAGUGUGAGAAGGCUGUUGCCAAGGAGAGUGAGAAGGCUGUGGCCAAGGAGAGUGACCAGUCUACUAGAAAGAAAAAUGACAAGGCGGCUAGCAAAGACAGCGACAAGGAAGCUAGCAAAGAGAGCGACAAGGCUUCCUCCAAGGAGAGUGAGCCGACUGCCAAGAAGAUGACUGACAAGGCUUCCAGCAAGGAGAGUGAAAAGGUUGUUACCAAGAAGAGUGAGCCGACUGCCAAGAAGAUGACUGACGAGGCUUCCAGCAAGGAGAGUGAAAAGGUUGUUACCAAGGAGAGUGAGAAGGUUGUUACCAAGGAGAGUGAGAAGGCUUUUGCCAAGGAGAGUGAGAAGACCUCUUCCAAGGUGAGUGCCCAGACUGUUAGCAAAAAGAGUGAUCAGGCUGCUAGCAAGAAGGGGGAGAAGGCUUUUGCCAAGGAGAAUGAUGAGGCUGCCAGCCAGGAGAUGGACCAAGAUGUGGUUAAAAUCAACCCUGAAAAUGACGGUCGAGGCAAGGAGAGCAAAAAGAGCGCUGAUACAGAGAAGCCUGAUGAAGAAGUUACAACUACCAGCAAGGUUGAUCGACCGGACGGCUCCAAAGCGUUGGACAGCGACCCCAGCAUGGCCAUUGAGGAAGAGGAAUCCGCAAAGCAGAAAGAGGACUCGGACAGCGAACCGCUGCAAAAGGUCAGACGAGGGGGCGCUCGGACGAAGGCCAAGCCUCGUAGACGGGUCAAACAUCAGAUUGAGGAGAAACCGGCUGAUUCUGAGUCUGACAGCAACACGAGGCGGUCCCUACGACGGUCGGCCCGGAUCUCCAGACCAACUGAGAAGGUGGUGGAGAGACGGCACACCGAACCCUCGCCUGAGAAGCUUGGAGAUAAGGAGAAAGAGGGGGGAGAAGAAGAAGAGGAAGAGGAUGAGGAGGGGAAGCUGGUUGGUAGUAAACCAAAAGAGAAGAAGGUUGACCAAGAGGGCCAGUCAAAAUCAAAAGGGAGAAAGCGUCGAAAGAUCCAGUGGUCACGGGCGCGGCGCAAAAAGAAAGGCUCCGGGGAUGACGACAGUUCCAAGGGCAGUGGUGAGGCGUCCAGCGAGGAAGAGGAGACGGAGGCGGAGCAAGAAGACAGCGACGAAGACUACAAGGUUGAGCGGGGCAAGAAAAGAAGGAGAGGCAACCGGGAGAGACGGAGCUCCGACUCCUCCACCUCCUCCGAUGACGACCUCCCGCCCAACGAUGACCCCUGCAAGCAAUGUGGUUUGCCCAACCACCCUGAGCUGAUCCUGCUGUGCGACUCCUGCGACAACGGCUACCACACGGCGUGCCUGCGCCCGCCUCUCAUGAUCAUCCCUGAUGGCGAGUGGUUCUGCCCCCCCUGCCAACAUAAGCAGCUCUGCGACAAACUAGAAGAGCAGCUGUUGAACCUGGACACUGCAUUGAAGAAGAAAGAACGUGCAGAAAGAAGGAAAGAGCGUUUGGUGUACGUUGGAAUCAGUGUGGAAAACAUAAUCGCACCUUCUGCUGAGGUGGAGGAAGUCAAGGAAGAGCCAAUUAUCAAGGAGAAGAAAGAGGUGAAGCGAAGCAAGAGCUGGGGUCGUAGGUCGACGCGGGCCAAGAAAUCCAUAAGCUACAGGUUUGACGAGUUUGACGAGGCCAUCGAGGAGGCAAUCGAAGAGGACCUCAAAGAAGCCGAGGGUGGAGGGGCCGGCCGGGGCAAGGACAUGGCCAACAUAACGGGCCACAGCCGAGGGAAGGACAUAUCCACCAUCCUGCAGGCGGGGGAGGGCCAGGAGAACGGCCAGCCGCCGCCGCCGCCGCCCAGCGCGGGCCAGCGCAGAAAAAAGCGCCGGCGCCUCAACGACCUGGACAGCGACAGCACCGUGGACGAGGAGGAGAGCGAGGACGAGUUCCGCCUCAGUGACAGCUCUGAGGAGGAGGAGUUUGUGGUGACGGACCAGGAGGGCGAGAGCGAGGCCGCCGACUCCCACGACAGUGACUUUGCCAGCGGGGGCGGGCGCCGCAAGGUGGCCCGGCCCCGGAAGGUCCCCAAGCAGAGACGCAGCGCCCGGCGCCGACGCCGACCCCGCGGCUACUCGGACGAUGAGGAGGAGGAGAGCGACGAAGAUGAAGAGGAGGAAAUCGCGACGGCGGGCUCCAGCGAGUACAGCGACAGCGACCUGGACGUGAGCAUGCGGAGGUCGCGCCGCAGCCUCAAGAGGAAGGUGAACUACCGUGAGACGUCCGAGUCGGACGGCUCCAAGGCCAGCACCAACCGGGACAAGAUGAAGUCCCGCCGGCCGGCGACCAGCUCGGACAGCGACGCGAGCGAAUCGGAGGAGGAAAAGAAGAAGGGGAAGGGCAAGGGCAAGCGGCGGGCCGAGUCCCCGGACGCCCGCUCCCUCAAGCGCCGGCGGCUGGCGGUCAAACGGCGGCGGACAUCGGACGACUCCGACGGUGACUCUGACGACUCGGGAUCCUCGGAGGAAGACCGCCCGGUCCGCAAGCGCGUAAACCGCAUCGCCUCGGACGACUCAGACGAAGAGGAGGAGUCAGCGGGGGCGGGGGCGGAGAAGAAGGCGACGGAGAAGGUGGGCUCGGGGGGGAAGGCGGAGGAGGAGGAGGUGGGCGGAGCGGCAGCGAAGGGGCCCCUCGCCACCGCCCCCUCGUCGGACUACGGCCUGGCCGCUAACGGGCCGGGCCCCGUGAAGGGCCUCGAGGGUCUGGGCCCCCUGGAGCCCAAGACCAUGGCGGCGGCGGGCGCGGCGCCCAACGGCCUGGCCCCCCAGGAGAUGGCGCCACCGGAGGAGGACGAGGACGACCUGUUGGGGGUAACGGACCUGGUGGACUACGUCUGCAAUAGCGAGGACUUGUAAAUCAAGAGUAGAGAGGGAAGGGAACGUAGAGGGGUUGGGGGGAAAGAUGUACUUUUCAUUUUUUUUGUGGUAUUGUAUUUUUAUAUUGCUUAACUUUAUGAACGACGUUCCUCUGUCCGAGGAGCACUGUGCCCCCCCCGUCGGUCCACCCCUCUCCGUAUGAGAUUCCAAACUGCCCCCCCCCCCCCCAACCCAAGCCAAGCACUGCUUUACCUCAGUGUCCCAACAGUCGAGUCGUGUGACCUAAAAAGUUUGGCUGUAUUUUGUGCCACCAAACUAUUGCAACAAGAAUCGACAAUAACAAGCCAGUCCUCUCCUCUUGCUGCCAUCGGUUGUGUUCUCAUUGUGAUCUCAUGUUUGUUACGUUGCCAAUGGUCCAGGUGUCCGUAGGCCUCUGCUUGCCCAGGAGUAGGAAGUUCAGGGUGCACACUACUCCGCUAUGAAAUGGAUGAUCAUGGAGAGAAGACAAUUACAAUUACAAUUAGGGCAUAUAGCAGACGCUUUUAUCCAAAGUGAAUUACAUCGGUUAAUACACUCGUGACGUGACGUUGACUCGUCAACAAAGAAUACUCCAAUCCGUUUUCUUAAUCUUUGGAUAUGUUUAUAUGGUUUAAAAGUCAACCGCAUUCCAAUAAUGAUCUGUUUUUAACGUACAAAUUUUAGCUUUUUUUUCCCUUUCUACAAACAUUUUGCCAUUUAAAUCUAGAUCUUUCCGCCAACUAAAAAUAGAAACUCUAGGCAACGUUUUUGUUCUCCAUUAUCUGUUGGUACGUACUAGUACUGUUUCUCAUUCUAUUCUAUCUAUAUGCUGGAUAAGUUGGCUCGAACACCCAAAGGACUCUUGGGUACCACGGCUGAUGUCUGUUGGCCUUAGACCACCACUAGAUGGCAGUUGAGGCACGGUGUUCUCCCACGUGCAGAAGACGGACAUAGGACCACCAACAAUACCAAGAUCGACAGUGCGAAUCGGACGUGCUUCCAACAACUUGCUCAAUUGUUCUGUCGCCAAGUGUUGCGGUACCAUUCAUAUACCUAUUCAAAGCCUGCCUGUCUUGCAGGAAGGGUUGAAUGUAUAUAAAGGACCAAUUAUUAGUGUAGAACUUGUCUCCCUGCCUCCACCCCAUUAGCCUGCCCCCUCCUCCACAAGUGGUUAGUUUAGACUUUGUACAUUGUAUACAUAUAUAAUUAUUUUUACAUUUCUGUGCUGUCAUUGAGGAGCGGUGCAAUUCCCAUAUUUAGACGUGUCAUAGAACCUGUAAAGGGAAUGUUGUGCGUGGAUAAAGUGACUCACAUUGGGGCUUUUUUUUGGGACUAUUUUGAGCUCAUCCACUGUUGUAAAACAGUGGAGGAUGUUUCCAUAGUUUCCCGUUUCAGUGUUUUUGCUUUGCCUUUGGGGGGGGUUGGGGGGUUUGUUCGUAAUAUAUCCGUUAUUUUUACCAUUUGUUUUUAUAUCCCAUCUGAUAACUAUAAUGUAUUUUUGUAUAUCUGGAACUGUGUUGUCGUCUCUUUUGGAUCACCGUCUCCUCCUCUUUGCAUCUUUCCUGUGUGUGGGUUCACCCCCUCUCCGCAUGUUAUUUUUCCUCAUUGAAUGCCCAGCUCCAAAACUCGACACUCCUUUGACUGAGUGGUGUAUUUAUUUAGAAAUCCCUCUUUGCCUUCCAUUAGUGUCUAUGAAGUGUGAUCCCUCUCAACGUUUCCUUUUUAAACUUCUGUAACGGUAAUAGACUUAGGUGAGGCCCCCUGAGCCAAUCAUACACACAAACAUAAAAUAGUUCAAUAUAUAUAUAUAUGACAUGUUUUCUAACAAAUUACCCAGAAUCCAAUUCUGAGUAGUAGUUUGGUCAAGCAACCCUGUUAGUCCACUGUUUCGGAACCAGUCUGUAUAUCUGUAGGUUUUGCGGUAAUAUAUGUAGAGGCGUUUUAUAAUCACAAGAAAACAAAUAUAUUGGGCAAUUAUUACAGAUUGCAUGAGAUUUUAUUAUUUUUCUUUUGUAGGAACUUAAUGUUUAUACCGUUUUUUUUUUGUAAUCAAAUCAGAAAACUGGCAUGUUUGGAUUUAUUUAGGAUUUUAUCCCCCCCCAACCUAUUGCAUUAUUACAAAGGGACAUCAAAGGAUAUCUGAUUUGCAGUGAAACUGCAUUGGUAGGCAUGAUAAGCGACUGACGGGAAGUAAAAAAAAAAAAAACAUACAGAAUUGUGUCUUGUGAGGGAUAGUAAGUAGAAUAUCCUUGUAAAUUAGUCUUGGCAUGGUCUUCGCAAAGGAUAAACCACUCUUGUUCUUUGUUGAUUUUCAUAUAUCUAUAUCUAUACUAGCUGUGGCCAAAUCAAUUUAACUGAAGCUAAAGAAAUGAAGUGUCGCGUGUCAUUCACAGUGCACGACAUUGGUCUGACUGUGUUUUUCUACUUUUAGAUUAUGUUGGAGAAAACAGUAGCAAAUGAUGGGGAGGGGUGUGGAGAUGCUGGGAAGGAUCCCUUGAGUGGGUUGUGUUUUUCCCUCUAUGCCACAUACAGAUGGGGGGAAAGUGGAGAGAUGGUGCCAAGGACUGAAGUGUUAAAGCGUUGCCUAUUACCUCAUCUCCAACCUGGGAGGAGAGACGUCCUUGUCUGUUAUUUUGAACCUUGUAGAUUGCUCAUCGAUGUUGCGUAUGUCCUAUAAAUUUGUUUUGUUAAUGUCACUAUGUUAUUUCUUAUCCGAUCUUGUACAUUUGUCAUAAUAAAAUGGGUUUAAUCCUGA